GACAUUAGCAGACCCGAAGAUUGCGCGAAACCCUCUUUCUAAACAAUAGUAUCUUUUCGCUUCAAAUUUCAUUUAGAUCCAAAAUUUCUGAAUCAGUGAAGAAUCUUAGAUUCUGUGGGAAAAGCUUCUCAAUCUUUGACGAAGAUAAACAACAAUGUCUUCACUUGCGGCUGCUAGAGCAGACAACUUUUACUAUCCCCCAGAAUGGGAACCGAAUCAGGGUUCGCUGAACAAGUUUCAUGGUCAACAUGCCUUGCGAGAGAGGGCGAGAAAAUUAGAUCAGGGUAUCCUGAUUAUAAGGUUUGAGAUGCCUUUUAAUAUAUGGUGUGGAGGAUGCAAUUCAAUGAUUGCAAAGGGUGUCCGGUUCAAUGCAGAGAAAAAACAAGUCGGGAAUUAUUACUCAACAAAGAUAUGGAGCUUCACUAUGAAAUCUGCCUGCUGUAAACAAGAGAUUGUCAUUCAGACUGAUCCUAAGAAUUGCGAGUAUGUCAUUAUUAGUGGUGCCCAGAAAAAAACAGAAGAUUUUGAUAUUGAGGAUGCCGAAACUUUUGAAUUGCCUGCUGAUGAAGAGAAGGGUAAGCUUGCAGAUCCAUUUUACCGCCUUGAACACCAGGAAGAAGACUUGAAGAAAAAGAAGGAAGCUGAACCAGUGAUCGUACGUCUCCAGAGGCAGUCUGAUGCAAGGCAUUCAGAUGACUAUUCUCUUAAUAAGACUCUCCGUGCCCAACUUAGAGGUCAAAAGAAAAGAGUUGCUCAAGAAGAAAAUGCUUCCAAGAAAAGAGGCCUUGGCAUAAGACUUCUUCCAGCUACUGAACAAGAUUCUGCCACGGCAAAAUCAGUGAAAUUUCCAGCUAAGUUUGAGAGAAAUAGGAAGGACAAGAGGGCAUUGAUCAAUUCUGAAUCUAUCUUCUCUGGAGUCUCUAGCUAUUCGAUAUCUGACAAGAGAAAACAAGAGCUAGAGUCAAAACGAAGAAAAAUUUGUGCCACUUCAGCAUCCAACCUUCUAGCUGGUAGGGUAAAGCCAUCAUCAUGGUCACAGUCUUCAACCAAGCAAAAGGGAACUAUGAGACGUUAGAAAGCUGAAACAUGUCUGUGACAUUGGUUAGCACUGGUCAUUGACAACCUUGGUGGCAAUUGGCAUUGGAAUUUUGUACAUAAAAAGUUGCUUUUGUGUGAUAACUUUGUAUUAUGUUUUCGGUUGUGAACCAUGCAUGAAUUUGUUAAUGGAAGUAAUUAUAUUUUUUAUGGUAAUUUUAUAUUAUGUUUUCGGUUGUCAACCAUGUAUGUUAAUGGAAGCAGUUACACACAGACUAAGAAAGCUUGUUUCCUCUUCACCUUAAUAUAUAUUGGUAAUUUGUUUUA